GUUCUAGAGAGCUUUGAAUCAGCGUCACUGUGAAUUGUAAUGCAAGGUCACAUUCAACAAUUUUUUUUUUUCUCCCUUUACAUUACCUCAAUUCCCUCUUUUGCAACCCCAAGUUUUCCACCACUUCUUUAAAACCAAACCUUCUUCCCCAAUUCACCCUCAGAGCUCAUAACAAAGACUCUAAAACACAAAGAAACAAGUUUCAAUAAUUCUAAAACCCUUCCUUCUCUUCUUCCUCAAAUCUUCAUUCAACACCAUGAAGAACACAAACAACAACAACAACAACACAAAACUCAUCCUCCUCCACCCUUACAUCCAGAAACAAGGAAGCUCCAAUCGUCUAUGGCUCCUCGCUUUCAUUUCAAUCUUCACACUCGCUUUUCUCGUAACACUAAUCUACACAAGAGAAACAUAUUCAAUCACUGCCACAACCUCACACGUCAUAACAUCUUCAACACCAAUUAGCACAAUCAAUGUUCCUCUUCCUUCCACAGUCAUCAACACUCUUCUCCACUACGCUUCCAAAUCCAACGACACAUACCACAUGCAGUAUUCAGAUCUCAAAUCAAUCUCCGAUGUCCUCCGAAAGUGUUCUUCACCAUGCAACUUCCUCAUUUUUGGCCUCACUGGUGAGACUCUGCUCUGGAAAGCCCUCAAUCAUAACGGAAGAACGGUUUUCAUCGACGAGAAUCGCUACUACGCUGCGUAUAUCGAAGAGAAGCACCCAGAGCUCGACGUUUUCGACGUGCAAUACACGACGAAGCGAAGUGAGAUGAAGGAGCUUAUAGCUUCGGCUAAAGAGCAGGCUUCCAAUGAGUGCAAGCCGGUGCAGAAUCUUUUGUUCUCUGAUUGCAAGCUUGGCCUUAAUGACCUUCCAAACCAUGUUUACGAGGUUGAUUGGGAUGUUAUCUUGGUGGACGGUCCCCGUGGGGACUGGCCUGAUGCUCCUGGCCGGAUGUCAGCGAUUUUCACCGCUAGCGUCCUGGCCAGGAGCAAGAAGGGCGGGAACCCAAAGACUCAUGUCUUCUUGCAUGACUAUUUUGGGGAAGUUGAAAGGGUUUGUGGUGAUGAGUUUCUUUGCAAGGAGAAUUUGGUUGAGGCAACCGAGACUUUGGGACAUUUUGUGUUGGAAAAGAUGGAUGAGAGGAGUUUCCACUAUUGCAAGAAUGAUAAUAGCUCAUCGUCUCCUUCUACUUCUUCGUAAGGCUCAGGGGAUUAUUUUUUUUCAAGUAAAUACCAUUUUCAAUUUAUAUUUCUAUAAUUUGAAAAUUUUUAAUUGGUCUUCAACCAUCUAAGUAAAUGGUCUAUGAAACUUCUAUAAAUGGUGACAUAUUCAAAUGCGCUUAGUUCAGUAACAGAAUUAUUUAGACCUAUUACUUGAAUGGUUAGAUAACAAUAAAAAAUUUUUGAAUUAUAAAAGAGCAUUUUAUUCUUCGAUAAAUGGUUAGCAACCGAAGAAAAUAUCUACUCUUCUUUUUCUUCUUCAUCAUCAAAUUUAGUUUAAUAAUGUCUCUCUCGUCAUGCACACAUUGCUAUAAGAAGGUGCUCGGAAUCAUCAUGGAUCGUCUUAGCCGCAAACUGGUGGAUUUAAAAAAAUUCUUCUGGGUA